AUGGGCUCAAAUAACGGAGGCGAGGGACAACCCGCGAAUUUUGUGUGGUAUCCACGGAAACUUCAUCUGAAAUUAUUUUAUAUCCAGCUGUCCAAAAUUAAUGACUUACCCAAAGCCUCAGAAGAAUUCUUGUCGACAUCGAUUAUAUCUCUGAGUAACGCUGCUGGAGCCGCUGUUGACGGUGAUCGUGAAGAUCCACCUUCGCUAAAACUGGUGGUCUUCGAAGACGGUUACAUCCUACUAAUCAUCGCAGUAUAUCUGUCUUCAACUAAUGCCAACACGCGGAAACAUCAUCGACGAUCGACUGAAAAUGACCCUCGAAGUAUUGGAUUCCAAUUCGAAAUAGAACCGCAGCUGAAUGUGGCAGUAGCAGAGUCAUCGAGUCAUUUGCUUGAAUGUAGUUAUGUAUUGGCACAUGAAAGAUUCGUUCAAACUGUUAAAGUUGAAUGGAAACGGGAUGGAUUCGUUCUCAAUGAACGAUCGUCUUCUAGAAUAAAAGUCAUGUCCAAUGGAUCGUUGUGGAUUGAGUCGAUGAGUAGUGCAGAAGAGGGAACAUAUCAAUGUGCUGUCCAUGUCAGCACAAAAAAUGAAUUGACAAUCGACACGUGGACUUUUUUAAGUCGAAAAGCCACAUUGAGACUGGCAGAUUUAGCAAAGUUCGAUUUGCAACCUGUUGAUCGAACUAUUGCAAAAGGACAACCAACAGCAUUUCAUUGUCUGAUUAACUCCAAGCCUACUCCAUUAGCCGUGUGGUUGCAUAACGAUCAACCAAUCACUAACGGAGGAGAAUACCACAUUUUACCAGUGUCGAACACUUUGGAGAUUAGUUCAACGCAGUCUCGUCACGAGGGAACUUAUCGGUGUACGGUAGAAGGAGCUGGGAAGAGAAGAAGUAGUCAAACGGCACGACUAACUGUUACCACUGGAGACACUUCAAAUGAGCUCAGUUUCAUUACGACACCGCGCCUACAAGUUGUGGAGAACGGCGAUGAAUUUCUUCUCGAAUGUCUUGUUGCUUCAAGAAUUCGACCACAAGUCAGAUGGCUUAAAGAUUCUCGUCAAAUAAUAGUGGAUGGUGUUCGUAUUCGAAGAGUUGGUGUCUCCUCAAUUGUUGUCUCUCGUGCUUCCAUUGAGGAUACUGGAUUGUAUACAUGUCGAGCAUCAAAUAAUGAUGACUCUAUUGAUAGAGCUGUCUCGGUUGAAGUACGCGCUCCACCCAGAAUCACAACUAAACCGGUUACAAAAGUAGCAGUCGAAACUGCUGAUGUGGAAUUAGAGUGUGGAACGGCAUCAGCAAGACCGGAAGCUCGUGUAAAUUGGUAUAAAAAUGGAGAAGCGAUAAUUGGAAGUGAAUAUUUUGUAAUCGAGCCAAAUAGACUCAGAAUUCUUGGAGUCGUUCGAGCGGAUCAGGCAAUCUACCAAUGUAUCGCAGAGAAUGAUGUCGGAAGUGAACAAGCCAGUGCUCAACUUCUUGUCGACGCCCCAGGACCCACAUACUUGGCUAGUCGUGGACAUCAUACCGCCAGAUUGAAUUCCAACGAAACAGGAAAAGGACAAGUUUUGUCUGACGAUUCGUCGUCCGUAGCAGCUUCUUCCGGAGUUCCAAUGACUGCAUCAGCUCCAUUGGGUCUUCGAUCCACAUCUUCCGGAUCUCGUUUCAUCAACGUUGAAUGGGAUCCCCCAGUUCAGAGAAAUGGGAAUAUCAUGAGAUAUCACGUAUUUUACAAGGAUAAUUUGAUUGAUAGAGAGAGAAUGAUCAAUUCGUCUAGCACAUCUGCCACGCUAACAUCACUUCAGCCGUCAACAAUGUAUUUAAUUCGAGUAACUGCUGAAAAUGAAGCUGGCAUGGGAAAGUUCAGUGAUUCUCUUAAAGUCACGACUAACAAAGAACAAGCAGUUCCUGGGAAAGUUACAUCAUUAACUGCCACUGCUACAGGUCCAGAAACAAUUGAUAUCCGAUGGAGUCCUCCAUCAGGUGGACAACCGGCUCUUCGGUAUAAAAUCUACUAUUCACAUGAUCCAUUGGAGAAGAACGAAAAAGAGACAUUGAUUACUACAUCAACUACUCACUACACACUUCACGGAAUGGAUAAAUACACUGGAUAUCAGAUCAGAAUCGAAGCAGAAGGAUCCAACGGUUCUGGUUUAUCGAGUGAUACAGUUCGUGUUCGAACUCAAUCAGAUGAACCAUCUGCACCUCCUGUAAAUAUUCAAGCGGAGGCUGACAGUUCAACAAGUGUGCGUGUUAGUUGGGAUGAACCAGAAGAGGAAUCUGUGAAUGGAGAAAUAACUGGAUAUCGAUUGAAAUACAAGACAAAAGCACGUGGAGCGAAAGGAAACACACUCGUAAUUGAUGCAACUGCACGAGAAUAUACAAUGGGAAAUCUUGAUUCGAAUACACAAUAUCUGAUUCGAAUGGCAGUUGUAAAUCAUAAUGGAACUGGCCCAUUUUCUGACUGGGUGGCUGUUGAUACUCCAGGACAAGAUAAAGAAGAGAGAACACUCGGAGCACCUAGAGAAAUUCGUCCACAUGCUGGAAUUGAUUAUAUUCUUGUCUCGUGGCUUCCACCAGCUGACGAGCAGAAUCUUGUGAGAGGAUAUCAAAUUGGAUGGGGAUUAUCUGUUCCAGAUACCGAAACUAUUCGAGUAACCGCAUCAACAACUCAAUAUAAAAUUUCAAGAUUGAAUUCGGAACGAGAUUACGUAAUUUCUCUUCGCGCUUUCAACAAUCUUGGAUCUGGGUUUCCGAUAUACGAAACUGUCCGAACACUAUCUCGUGAAACUCCCCAUUUCAGUGAGGAUUCAGAUUCGGAUGAUUCUGAUGGUGCUCUGGGAUCUUCUGAAUCAACUCCUGUAGGCUUGAGAACAGAAGCAGUUUCGGGAACUUCCAUUCGAGUUAUGUGGACAGAAUCAGAUGAAUCUGCUUUCAACACACAGUACACUGUAAGAUAUAGUACUGCAGUCGAUGGAAAUCAACAUCGAUAUGUGAAUAGUACGGAGACGUGGGCGACUGUUGAAGGACUCCGGCCCGCUACUGAAUACGAAUUCGCAGUAAGAGCUGUUGCAUCGAAUGGUCAAUUGAGUACAUGGUCAAUGGCUACUAGGAACCGCACUUGGUCAGCACCGCCCAGUUCAGCGCCCAGAGAUCUUACCGUACUACCUGCUGAGAGUGGAGAUCCACAUUCUGCAAGUCUUCAUUGGCAACCACCAAAGUACUCGAAUGGAGAGAUCGAAGAGUAUUUAGUCUUCUAUACGGAUCGAGAAUCUCUAGCUGAUAAAGACUGGACAAUUAACUAUGUGGCCGGUGACAAGCUGUCACAUCAAGUCAGUAAUCUACUUCCGAAAGCCAAUUAUUUCUUCAAGAUUCAAGCAAGAAAUGAGAAAGGACAUGGACCAUUUUCAUCGAUUGUCGGAUACACUCCAUCUGGGGGUGCAAUUCUUUCAGGAAGAGAUCGUAAUUCUCCACGUGGACAUGGAUCUGCAGCUGCUGGUGAUUCGAUAUCUCUUGUCGAGCAGCUUCAAUCAAUCUUCACUUCGAAUCCACUCUAUCUAAUGCUUCUCAUCGCAUUUGCAUUGAUCUUAAUUCUCACUCUGAUUCUGAUUAUUAUGUGUUGUUUGAAACGUUCAAACAGUGGUGGAAGAAAGAAUGGAUAUCAAUCAGCAAAGAAAACCAGUGCCAAUGGAGGAGUUGGAGGUAUUGGUGGACCACCAAAUGAUCUGUGGAUUAAUGGAACUGGAAGUCAUAUGAGGGCUGGAGCAUCUGAUUAUAUGGUCGAUGGACUUGCAACUGCUCAUUUAACUGCUGCAGACAUUGAAUCGCCGACACCGAGAUAUCACCACUUACAAGCAGAUUCCGUUUAUGGAUCCAUCCAUGGUAGUGGCGUUGGAGUUGGAGCGGGAUCUGGAGAAUCCCAUCCAACAACAAGACCACCACGCGCUCCAAAACGAAACAGUGGAUCGAGAAGUACUCCUAUGGCUCAAUCAAUGUGUUCUGCAAUCGGAACAACUGAAGAUGAAGACGAAGAGCCUGUUGAAUCGCUUGUGGCAACUCGUGUCCGAAUAGAGAGACCUGCAGUAAGAGCGAAAGCCGUCGUUGCUGGAACUGUGAAGGGUCAAGGAACACUCACACGAAGUUAUCAUCAAAGUUCUCAAAGUCUAGAAGGACGACAACGAACACCUCAAGUGGUGUAUACCGGAACUGGAAGACAUCAGCCCAUCCACAAAAUUGACUUUGAUAACAGUUUAUAUGGGUCGUCGUCUGCUAUUGGAUCUGCAUCAACACCACCACUUCCUCCAAUGCAAGCCCCUCCAUCAGGGCCUCCCACAGUUAUUGACGGAUACCGUACUCUUCGUGGAACACCUCCUAAUUCGGCGAACGCGCUCCGAUCAUUCACUCAACUCUCCGGAGCCACACCCCCACCUCCUCACUCUGCCCCGUCGUCAUCAUCACGGCCAACAAUUAUUGCAGCAGGAGGAAGACAAGUCCCUGUUGGAAGAGCAGCGGCUCAACCACGUGUCAAUGUUGCCAAUAUUUAUAGUCAACUGGCAUCAUGCUCAGCUUCUUCUGAUGCUGGAGAAUCUGAUAAAACUGGAGUUGAAUGUAUGGAAAUGAGAGAAACGACUCCAAUUAAAACAAUUCCUCCGGGUGAUAAAACCGCUAACAACAUGCUGCCGUCUCAUUCCACAGAAGAUCUCAAUGCUCAUCUGGAAAACCUUGACACAAUGUUAGAUGACUUACAAAAACUACAAAGCAAUUUUAAUAAGUAA